AUGGCAUUAGAAUAUUAUUUGGAAAUAAAAACUCCUAAUUCAAAAGUAACUGUGAUUGGAAGUAAUCCAGUAAAACGUGAAUUAAUACUUGGUUUUGAAGAUGGAUCUGUACAAACAUUUGAUCAUGAAUCAGGUGAACUUAUUCAACAUUGUUAUAAGCAUAGAGGAUGGGUUACUGCUCUAUGUGCACUUCCGGAAGCUAGAGCUUUUUUUUCAAGUGGUAAUGAUUCAACAGUUGUUACAUAUAAUGCCAUCGGUGCUGUUGUUGAUAAACUAAAUAUUGGUUCUGUAGCUUAUUCAAUUUGUUUUCAUUCUCGUUUGAAACAAGUUAUUUUUGGUAUACCAGAAGGUAUUCAAUUUCAUAAAUAUGAAUUAAAUAAUGUAACUGGACAAAUUAUUGAUAGUAUACCAUUGUAUAUAAUAUGUGAACAUGAUGAUAUAACAACAGGUGUUUUAAUGCUUGAUAAAUUAUAUUCAGUUGGUUUUGAUGGUAAAUUAAUUAUAUAUGAUUGUCCAUUUGGUGGUUCACCAUCCGUUGCAAAAAAAUUAGAUCAUGCACAUGAUGCUGGAAUCACAUGUUUAAUAGCACAAAAAAAUUCUUUAGAUAAUAAUGAAUGGUUAAUGACUGGUUCAUUUGAUAAAACAGCAAAAGUAUGGAGUCUUGAUGGAAAACUUAUUUUUAAAUUUAUUGAUUUUACACAACCAGUUACAGGAUUAACUUAUGUUCAUGCAACAAAAACUGUUUGGAUUGCUGCUGGUAAUAGUUUUGCUCAUGUAUAUGAUCCAAAAAAUGGUGAAAAUGUAUCAAGUUUUAUUGAUACGUUUCUCAAUGUUGAAGAUAAUGAACUUCGUUAUAGUUAUUUUCUUAUUCUUCUUCGAUAUAUACCAGAAUUAAAUAUUCUUAUAGCUUCAACAAAUAUUAAACAAUGUCUUGGAUGGCGUUAUAAUAAUACUGGUUGUAUAUCAUGUUUGAAAGUAAAAUCACCAUUAGAAAGUGUUUGUUACACAAAAAAAUCACCAAUAUUGAUGUUUACGGGUGAUUCCGAAGGUAAUGUACAUAAAUGGGAACAAAUGCAAUCAAAUCAAAUAAUGUAUUCAAGUGAACGUUUACUUAAAUUUGAGGGUAAAAAAAAUUUAAGUGAUGUCAUGGUACAAGCUAUAUCAUUGGGAGAUACAAAAAAUAUUGCUAAUACUAAUAAUAAAAAUAAUAACAAAGAAUCUACAACAAAUCAAAAACGAGUAACAUCUGCAAAUCGUAUAAAAACAGUUGAAGAACGUUUACCAGCUUAUUAUGUACGUUCACGUUCUGCAGCUAAACUACGUGAAAAAGAACGUGGCAUUGGUGGUUAUGUAUCACAAUAUGCACAUUUACAGAAAAAAAAUGAUACAAAUACGUUAAGCAAUAUAAAAAAAACAGCAACUGGAAAAUCAAUUCUUCGAAUAUUAUUUGUUGAAAAAUUUGAUUUAAUUAUAGCAGCUAGUGAAGAUAGAAAUAUUUAUGUUUGGGGAUUUGAUUUAGAAGCAUUAAAAGCAUUAACUACAUUACGUGAUCAAUCAAAUGAUAUUAAUCAUCUUCCAGACGAGGGUGCUGAAGUUGCAAAUCGUGUUGUUGGUUUUACAUUACGUAAAAUAUUUAGUGAACACGAUAGUCUUGUUACUUCAUUAGCACUUAUCGAUGAUGUCGAAUCAUUUGGUGGUGUUUAUUUACUUAGUUCUGGAUGGGAUCGACGCAUAUAUAUUUGGGACUUAACUCAUUUUACUCUUUUUUCAAACUAUACUAAUCCAAAAGCAGAACAUAUAGACGAAAUGUUAUCGGCAGCAUCUGGAAGUAUUCAUGAUAUGGAUUAUAGUCCAACAUUGAAAUAUUUUGCUUAUGCUUCCAGUGAUAUGUGUGUUUAUGUUCGAAAAUUUUCACCAAGAGGUUCUGACAUGGAUCUUAUGUAUAAACUUCAGACAAAAAUUGAUUCAGAAGUUACGUGCGUUAAAUGGAAUUUUAUAACAAAUCAAUGGGUUACUGGAAUGGAAAAUGGAGAAAUUCGAAUAUGGGAAACAAACGGUGAAUUUAAACAAGCAAUUAAUGUUCGAGGAAGUAUACAUACGAUUGCUAUUGAUGAUGUUCAAAAAGCACUUUUAAUUGGUACUCAAGAUACAUUAAAAGUAUUUGAUAUGGAAGAAUAUACAUGUGUACAAACGAAUGAGGGACAUACAGAUGUUAUUCGAGAUGUUUUGUUUAUUCCGGAAAGAAAUCAAUAUAUCACUGUUUCAUUGGAUCGUACAAUGCGUAUAUGGAAUGCUUGGUCACCUGAACCAUUACGAAAAAAAGUUGCUGAUAUUGAUCCGAAAAAAAAAUUUGCAGAAGAACUUUGGGAACAAAUUCGUAACUGUGUAAAAAAUUCAAUUGAAGUUGAAGAUGCAAAUAGUAUUGUUGAUAAAUAUUUUCAAAAACGAUAUGAACAAAAACGUUUAUCAAUUACGGAUGAUCAUCAACAAUCACGACAAGUGUCUUUUCUUAAUCCAUAA